GCAAGAAGUGCGGAUCCAGGCACUCCGAUCCCGGGCCCAAGACCUUUUGGCUUCAAGGCAAACAAAGUGAUUCGCAGAUAUUCCUGGAGGCCCUGUGAUUCAGAUGGCUUUGACAUUGAAGUACAGGAAUGGCUUCAUUGAUGCAGAGGCUGAGAUGCCCCAGCCGCUCCAGAGCGACCUGCCACGUGCCAGCAGUUUGCCACCCAAGAUGUCAAAGAUGGUCCAGGUUGAGGAGUUCUUGCAAGAAGAGGAGAGCUCGCAGACCUAUGUACAGAUGCUCUCCGAGAACCUCUCCAACCCUCUCGAUCGCAGCCCGCUCGCCCCUGGACGAACCCGAACCGGAGCUCACUCACCGAGCACAGAGAUGGUGCGCCUCAGUGGGAGCAUUGGACACCCGGAGCUUUGCCGAAGGCCCUGUAUCUUCUGGAUGGCAGGACACUGCCAGAACAGUGCUGGUUGUUCUUUCUGCCACCUGACGCACGAGAAGAAGGUCGCCAAGCCGGACAAGAAGCAGAGAAGCUUCCUGCAGUCCUUAUCCCACCGGGAAUUCUUCGGCCUGAUCUCUCACUUUUGCCAUGAAAAAGCAACGCUUCUCAACAUCACCCAAGAAGCUGGCGAAGUCUUGAAGAUUUUGCAAGAGGAGGCCGUCUUUUCUUUGUGCCCCAUGAACGUUCCUGGACACCUUCUCAAAGUCUUGGCCCAGAUGACUUUCUCGCAUUUGAUCACCCUGGCAAUCAACAGCCUUGCCCGUGAGGAGGGCCACAGCAUGGUGACAGCGUCCAGGGUGAGUGAGGAAUUCGUGGCCUGGUGGGACGUGGUGGCUUCUUUUUCCCAGGAGAAAGGUAAAUGAUGUUCUCAGGAAACUGAGAUCAACUGAGAUGAGUUGCGGGCAUGCAUGCGAACGCGAGAUGGUUUCUGAGACACGUGAUCUAUCAGGAUCCACCGACUCUGAGGAGUGCGCACCUUUUUCCAAGGUCAAAAAGGAUUGCCCCAAAGGGGCUGCUGCUGAUUCUUGUUGACACGCUGGUCCCUAACAACCAGUGGAAGGCUUCAGCAAAGACUCUUUUUCGGACAUCUGGAAGAUCGCGUUUCCCGCGUAAGGUAAUACGGGCACAUGAGUGGGCACAUGUUACUUCCUGGCGAACAC